CCCGCCUGCAAAAUUGUUUUAAACAUCCUCUCUGCGUAAAUGGAGAGAUGAGCGAUUCUGCUGUUGUAAACAAACGCACAAGCGUAAUCCUGGUGCAGAAGACAACGCCAGUUCAAAAAAUUCCACAGUUGUAACUUGGUGAAAGUGAAGCCCCCUUCCGAAUUUCAAAGGGAACGACAAUUAAGCGACAUUUCGUAUGCUUCGGCUAAUAUUUUCUUCCUUGCUCUUCUGAAAGUGGCCCUGGCAUCUAUGAUUUAAAAAAAUGCAAAAUCACCCUUUCUUUCGCAGCACAAGAAGGUCAACUUCUCGGAAUUCCCUUAACCGUGCUAUUCAUUUAAACCGCCGCAAUGUUCUCAUGCUCAGUAUUGGCGGAGUUCUGUUUGCGACAGAACAUUGGCGGAGCUCUGUUUACACUGCUGUGAUUGCGAUGCGUGCACUUUACAAGGCAGUGAAGAGUAAAACAGAAAUACCAGCUGUAUCAACUAAAUACUGAGCUGCGUUGGUGUUACGUGAAUAUUCCCAAAUCACGAAGUUGUUCGUCCCUGUGAAACCCGUUUACCCGAGAAAAUAAUUUUCUCUGGAUUCUUCACUUUUCCCCCUCCUUGAACCUCCAGACGCGAUUGGAUUUUUCAGGUGGAUCAAUUCAACGAAACGACGAUGCGAUUGAAAAAAGGGGUACUUCUUGGUCUUGGAAAUCCUUUGCUGGACAUCACCGUGGAAAGCGACAAAACUUUCCUGGACAAGUAUGAUUUGAAACCGAAUGAUGCCGUUUUGGUUAAGUCGCAACAAUAUAAGAUGUUUGAGGAUUUGAAGCGGAUGGAAGGAGUUCAGUUUACUGCUGGAGGAGCUACGCAAAAUUCUGUACGCAUAUCUCAGUGGAUUCUUGGACUGAAAAGAGCGACGUGCUUCAUGGGGUGCAUAGGAAACGACGAGAACGGAAGUAUUUUGACAAAAGUAGCUGAGAAUGAUGGCGUUGAUGUCCACUAUCAAAUUACUUCAGCACAUCCUACAGGUUUGUGUGGUGUAGUGAUAACAGAUUCCGGAAGAAAUCGUUCAUUGUGUGCAACUCUGGGAGCAGCGAAUCAUUUUACCGUCGACCACAUCCUGAGGGAAUGGGACAAAGUUAAAAAUGCGGAUUAUUUCUAUGUUUCGGGAUUUUUUCUGGAUGCCAGUUUGGAAACAGUUCGGAAGGUGGCCGAACAUGCAAAAGAAACCGACAAAACGUUUUGCUUUAAUCUUGCUGCGACAUUCAUCUGCAGAAAACAUUCAACUGAAAUCCUCGACUUGCUGGAUUGUGUGAACAUUUUAGUCGGGAAUGAGUCGGAAUUUCAAGCGUUUGGGAAAGCCCUCGGAAUGCAUCAGUCGACGGAUUUCGAGAAGAUCGCUUCGGAGAUUGCCAAUAAAAGGAGACGGAAAUGGGCGAGUCCAUUCCGAGUUCUGGUGACCAGAGGCGAACAUCCUAUUUCCGUUUUCAUUGGGGAUCAUGAUGUGAAGCACUUCCCGAUCCCUCGUUUGCCAAGGGAAAAAGUCGUGGACAGCAACGGAGCCGGAGAUGCAUUCAUUGGAGGAUUCAUUGCCAAGGAUAUACUUGGUGGAACCCUGGAAGAAUGCCUGGAUUGUGGAAUUUGGGCAGCCCAUCAGGCUUUGUUCACUCAAAAUCCCUGUCAACAUCCGAUUGUCAUUCUCAAAGAUGUUUCCAUCGAUGAACUACGGAUCAUUAUCGAUUUUGUGUACAAAGGGGAAGUCGAAGUUCCGGAUGAUAAAUUGUCCGCUGUUCUGAAGACUGCCCGUUUAUUGAGAAUCAAUGGAUUCGGUGAUGCUGUUAUGAACCAAGGCAUUGGUCAGCAGACAAGAAAAGCUCCGCAUUCUGGGAAGCGCAUGCCGAUGUGGCAUUCUUCUUCUUCAUCUGCGUCCUCCGUACAAGGAUGUAGUUUGAGCUCAUCUCACCUCUCAGAAUCUUCAGAGUAUGACCAAGUGCCAUCGUUAUCAAGUCCAGAGUUGGUUGCUAAGCGGAAAGUUCCUUCUGCUGUCGUUCCUUCAGUGUCACCCCAAUUUACCGUCAUCAAUUAUCCGUCGGAUGUAAACGCUUCUGUUCCUGAUAAUUCCUUUCGAACUUCAGUUGACGAUAAAUGUUCUCCGCCUCAUGAGUCAAUUCCUUUGAGAAAACGACUGCGAAAAGAUUUUGGACGAGAUCGCAGUUCAUCGAACGAGACUGUCGAAGUUCAUUCGAAGAGAAGUGCUUCAAUCGUCGCUGUUCCUUCGAGGCAGACGAGCAAUGUGGAAUCUUCUUUUCUCAAUCCGGGAACUUGUCGUCCUGUGAUCCAGACUCAAAGCUCGGAUCCUGGACCAUUGCGAUAUAGUGGAGAUGAUCGCGCUGAAAGUCCGAUUCCCAACUACGCUUCCAAGCAUCGUCGGAUGCUUCAACGGCAACCGCGAAUCCAGAGGCAAAUGGAAUUGGAUGCCGAAGAUGCUGUUCGAAAAUUUCCUCGUCCAAGCCCAGCAAUAAUUGUCACUCCGGAUGAUGAGUCUAGGCCACGGGAAGUGAUCUGUGCUCGGAAAUCUAGUCCAUCGCGUGAACUGGCGUUAUCCCGUCAGAGUCCAGACUCCGACUCUUCUUCGAAAGAUUUGACCAUUGAUGAAGGUGCUACAGCCAUGAGCUCGAACAUGUCCUCACACAAUGAGCGAAGAACGAAGAUGCAUGUAAUGUUCUCGACGAGUCAACAACCGUCGGUACCCGGUGUAGAAUCCGCUCUAGUGAUCUCCACACCAUCUCUAGCUCACCACUGUCCGGAAAGUCGAUACGGUUCAGCUGUGAGCUGUGAUUAUUGCUGGAAUAAGGUGGAUGAGAAGGGACGAGUCCAGCGUCGGAAGACCAAAUAUUGGUGUCCAAAAUGCAGAGCAAAUCUGUGCAUCGUUCCCUGCUUCCAGCAGUACCAUCAUUCCUUAGCAGAAGAAGAGAAUGCUAACGUUGUCAACGAUCCCGGUGUUGAGGUUCAUAAAGUUCGAGUACCAAUCGAACGAAGCUUAUGUUGUGAGCAGAUGGAGGGUCAAAUUCUUGACGAAAGUGAAAUUUCGCUUGAUGUUUCAAUCGCUGUUUAUCCUCUCCAGAUUUUUAGGCUCCCCGGAGAACAUACUGGACCUGGUGUCAGUGGAAAUGAUGAUCAGCCAAAACCUCGAAGCGGUCACAGAGCUGUUUGUGAUGACGGGCAUUUGUACAUCUUCGGUGGCUACAAUCCAGAAGUGUCCGUGAAUGAUCCUGUUCGACUUCAUGAUCCUUAUUGGGCUCAAUCUCACCCGGCGUUCCGAGAUCUUUGGGCAUUCAAUUUCUCCACAAAAUUAUGGCGACGGAUACCAGUUGCAUCUGGCAUUCCUCCAGAAGCCGCUGUAUCCUACUGCUUCUUCAAGAUAAACCAUCGUCUCUUCGUUUAUGGAGGCUCUGGUCCUCAGUUCGGAUACAGUUCAUCGAACCAUUUGUCGUGUUUCGAUUUGGAGAAACGGUCAUGGCAUACUGUGGAGUGCUCGGGUAGGGUACCGCAUCAAAUGUAUGGUCAAGGAUCUGCGAUAAACGGAAACAAGUUGUUCGUCAUUGGUGGAACGGGUGGGAACAUGUACUCGAAUGACGUUGAUGUUUUGGACAUGAGUACAAUGGAGUGGAAGAAUUUGUGGUCCAUGAAUCCCCUUCAGCCAAAGCCGCGAUAUCGUCAUGAGGUUGUGUUUUACAAAAACAGUUUGUGGAUGUUCGGCGGAGGCACAGCUGAAGACAGCUACGAAUUAUGUAUCGUGCCAGUGUUCUCUCUGAUCACCAAUGACUGGAAAGAAACAAUCACUCAUGCUGAUCCUGUGACCAAGCGUUUUCCGUUGAGUCGGAAAUGUCAUUCCUUGGUGCAAAAUGAGAACAUGAUUUACAUUUGUGGUGGCUGUGAUCCUGACCGAAUACGAUUUACGAUGGUUUGGAGGUUCAAUCUUGAUACCUUGGAGUGGACCGAAUUGUCGUGCUAUUUACCGUGUGGGCUCUACUUCCAUUCAGCUUGUAUAACACCGGCUGGAAAGAUGUACGUUUUCGGAGGUGUAAAAGAAGAAGGAUACGACAGAGAAAAUAAACGAACGAACGGGCUUUACUAUAUGUGGGUUCGUGUGCCAUCGUUGGCGGAAAUGUGCUGGGACGUGUUAACCACUGUCAACGGGGGAGCACUGGCCACACACUCGAAGAAAACUUUGAAGGCGAUUGGGGUUCCUCUGGAGUUCGUUGACAGGAUUUACCCAGACUCCAUAGAACGAGAAAGUUUCAUAGAAACAGACAACUAUGCGGUUCCGAAUUUAUCAGACGGAACUUGCGGUGUUUGCGACAAGACUGAAUGUCGCCGUCAACAUGGAGAAGCUUUCAUCGAAGGUGUUCAUCCGUGGAAACAUCUGUUCGUCGCUCGUGAUCUGGACGAUGCCAUUGAUGAGUUUCUCGAGUUGACGUUGAAAGAGCAUGUGUACGCCUGGUAUGAGAACCUUUCCGACAACGAAUGUUUCGUGAAUGAAGUACGCCUGUAUCUUCGUCGAGCAUUUUGCAUCAUUCUGAGACGGCUGAAAAAGGUGAACAUCGAAGAGUUCAUCGUUCGCAAAGUUUUACCUUCUCUUUUGUGGCAUCUGAACGCUUGCGUAGUGUCGCAAAAUUCGGGGCAAAGAGAAACUGGAAUCGAGCGAAGCACGUUCAAGUACUACGGUCCGAAUUUGCACGUGGCGUUGAGGAGUCGGUCUGGAGAAAUGCAGUAUUUGCGAGCGGUUUCUCAAAUGCUCGUUUCGCAGUUUCUUGGGAAGAAAUAUUCUGGGUCGGGCAUUGUUCCCAGCGUAGUGCGAGAACUUCUCGCCAAUGCUAUUCUUGCUCCAGUAAUGGAUACUUUAGCUGAUCCGGAUGUGAUCAAUCAAUGGAUAAUUUCGGCGUUUUCGAAUGGCGAAACUCCAUUUGCUCAAACGAAGGGACACGAUGAACCUGUUGAGUUUCUGGCAAAAUUUGUAUCACGACGUCCAGUAUUUUACGAGCGGCGAGUGACAUCACUGUCGAUAAAAGACAUUCUCAAGAAUCAAAAUCUCCUCUUCAAAUUCAUGCAGUUCUUGAAGGAUCAAGGAGCUGUGCGAUUUUUACAGUUCGUUCUUGCCGUGGAUGACUUGAAUAUGAUGGUUAUCCAGCCCGAGCUGACGGACAGUGGCAAGAGAAAUGCUCGCCUCGAAUUGGAGAAGUUACACGGAACCUACUUCAGGCCGGAGUCGGCGGAAUACAUCGAAUUUCCGAAGACCAUCGUUGAACGUCUUGAAGAUAUUUUACACGGUCCGACGGAAAAAGUUGUUGAACUCAGAUCAUCCACGUGUCUUUUUGAGGGUUAUGAUUUCGCCUACAAUAUUUUGGAAAAACAAUAUGCGCCCUUGUUCCAAGAAACUGACGUAGUACGUAAAGCAUCUCUGCCUCUGCAUCAAAGCUCGAGUGAUACCUUGAUGCUUUCCGCAUUUCAGUAUUUUUCGCUAUUCUGGGGACCGAGGCUAGACGACCUAAAUAAGAACCAACAACUGCAGAGAGUGGGGUCGUUUCGCACGAGUGGGAAACUGAAAAAGAAGUUGGAAAGCAUCAAAGGAGUCAUUAGAGCUCCCUCUCCUGUUGAAGGAAUGCGACUGGAGGAUGACGAAAGCGAAGAAGUUGGCCUUCCGGAAGAACUUGGCCUGGAAGAAGUGAUUCUGCCAGAAAACUUCGGAAGCAGACCAGAUCUCACGUCUCUCACUGUCAAGAUUCCUUACGUUGAACACCGUCUGGACCUGGCUGGAAAAAGCUUUUACGUGUUCGUGUUAGAAGUGCGGGAAGGAAGUUCUCAUAGUCGUGUCCUGGAGCGAAAAUUCAACGAGUUCUAUGCACUGGAAACAAAAUUAACUGAGUUCCAUGGAUACUUGCCGACGAGAUUGCCGCCGAAAUUCACGUUCGGAUCGAAAAAUUUGGAAUACAUGGAGUCUCGUCGGCUUGCACUCGAGGAUUAUUUAGCGAAAUUGCUUGCGAUUCCUGAUCUUGCUGGUUCUGAACUGAUCCAUGCUUUUUUGCAAACCGAGUUGGAGUUCACAACCAGCUUGUUUCCCGACAUAAAUUUUCGUCGCAUGAUUCGAAGUGUUCCGAAAAAAUUGCUGCGCAAAGAACGAGGGCAAAACCUGGAACCAUUUCUGACUUCUUUCGUUGCAUCUACGGAAGCCCCCAAACCUCGUCCCAGCAAAUUAGAAUUUCGAGAUAACUCUGUUGAAGCUGCCGAAUUGCGAAGGUAUGGGUUAGAAAAUCCUCUCUACGAGAACAAUGCGAAGUCGACCAUGGUCCGGUCGUUAUCGUGUGAGGUCAGCCGGGUUGACCAAGUGAUGCCAGUUGAAGGGGUGUAUGAGAUGACUGUAUACCUGAUCGCAAAGGUUUUCGGCUCGUCCUUCCUCAGUGUUGUUCUCUGCUUGAAGCCAAUUUUGCGUCGUACAGUGGAUGCGUGGUUCUGCCGGCUCGUUCGAUCACGGCUAAUUGAGAGAACAUUAUCGUCGGACUGCAUUGCUGCUAUUGUUCACAUCGUCAAAGAUUUCGUCUUCAUCAACGAGUCGAAGCCGAGAACAGAUCAGGAGAAGGUGGAACGCGCAGAUACCGCUUGGUUGGCAUUCAGAAGAGCUUAUCCAGGUUUUGUGGAAACUGUCGUUGGUGCAGACAGAAUUACCACUGGCAGCAAGCAAAUAUUCUGCUCUUUGCAACAGCCGAAACUUAACAAACAGCUUUCAUACGCCCUGUUCGACCUGGUUCUGGCGGAGUUAUUUCCAGAAGUCAACUUGCAAGAUGAGCAGAGUUUUGCUGAUUGAGGAUCCGGUUCAGAAUCAAAAUGCUGCCAGGUCCGACCGAGUGAUAAUACGGAAGCUAGAGCUUCUGCUGUGCUUUUAACGUUGUGGUGAUCGAUGGUGUUAGUGUUUCAAGGACCAUAUCAUUUUAUUUGCGGAGUGUGAACGAUGGCAUUCCAUUUUGUUUUUGCUGUUUUGGAGCAGUUUCGUUUCCUUGAGGACUCAUGUGAUUGCCAUCUAUUCGUGCGCAAGUCAUUAGUCCCAUGUUUCGGCGUCCGGACCUGGGGCCUUCAUAAGAUAUUUGAGUAAAAUGACAAUUCGUACGAA